AUGGCUCCCCACGUCAUUGAGGCCAAUACUCAAUUCCCCGAACCGACUUCCAAGGCAAUUGCUGCGAAGGACGUGCCGGUGACCUCCAUCGAGUCCACUGUUCAAAACCUUGCUCAGCUCCUAGCCAGAGCUUCUACGUCCACGGCCGGGCUGACCUUCUACUCGUCUGGGGCCGAACCUACUCGUGUUUCGUAUGCCGAACUUCAAAGAAAUGCAGCGGAGAAAGCCCGUGCCUUGCUCAGGAUCGAUGGCCUGUCUCCCUCGUCCAUAAUUCUGCUGCACUUCGAGAACAACCGUGACACACUCGUGUGGUUCUGGGCCGCAACACUGGCAGGUCUCCUUCCAGCCCUCUCCACUCCAUUUGUGCACGAUCCGGUGCAGCGCAAGAAGCACUUGCACCAUCUGCAGACAUUGCUGCAGGAGCCUGUGAUUCUCACUAAUGAACGGCUUGUUCCCGAAUUUUUGGAGCUAGAGGAGCUUCGCCUGCACCCGGUUGAGUCGCUGGGCAAGGCUGCGAUCUCGAAUGGCCUGGCCUCCACCUACACCCUCCCUGGGAUUGAAAAGAAAUCACAAGAUGCGGCGGUCCUCAUGUUGACGUCUGGAAGCACGGGAAGCGCCAAGGCGGUUCCUCUCCGCCAUGGCCAGCUUCUGGCAGCGCUGCAGGGCAAAAAGGCUCAUCACGGGACCGAACCUGGCGAUGUGUUUCUGACCUGGGUCGGGCUCGACCAUGUUGCGAGUAUGUGCGAGAUUCAUCUGCAUGCAGUGAGCCUGGCUGCCAAUCAAGUGCACGUUCCGGCUUCCGAGCUCCUGCGCGAUCCGUUGCGUUUCAUCCAGCUGCUUGACUCGCACCAGGUUGCGUAUACAUUCGCGCCCAACUUUUUCCUCACGCAGGUGCGGGACGCUCUUACAGACAACUCAGCCGUCAAGGCGGAUCUGUCCCGCCUCAAGAGCAUCAACUCUGGUGGCGAAGCCAACGUCGUUGCGACCAUAGACGGGUUGACCCGUGAGUUGCGUCGGUUCAAUAUUCAGCGCGAGGUGAUUAGUCCUGGGUUCGGGAUGACGGAGACGUGUGCAGGGUGUGUGCACGCGCCGGCGUCCCCGUCAUACGAUCUCGCACAAGGCCUCGAAUUCGCUAGUCUCGGGCCGUGCAUCCCUGGGAUUGAGAUGCGAGUGAUGCGUCUGACCGCCAAAGAUGAGCCUGCUGCGCGUGGCGAGGUCGGAGAGCUGCAGCUCUCGGGCCCUGCCCUAUUCACCGGAUACUUCAACAAUCCGGAGGCCACGGCCGCCGCUUUUACGGCUGAUGGAUGGUUCAUCACGGGAGAUCUGGCCUGGCUGGAUGACUCGGGGUACCUGAACCUAGCUGGACGGACCCGAGACACGAUUAUUGUCAACGGGGUCAAAUGGAGCGCAACGGAGAUAGAAACGGCGAUCGAAGAAGAGCGCAUCCCGGGUGUUGUGCCCUCGUACACAGUGGCCUUCCCCUGUCGUGCACCUGGCUCUGCCAGCGAAGACAUUGCAAUUGCCUACUGUCCUACAUACGCGGCCGACGAUGCUGCGACGCGUUUCGAGACUGCCACAGCCAUCGCCAAGACGGCCGCGCUCCUGACGGGGCGGAAACCCGCCCACUUGAUUCCGCUCCCGGCGGAAUUGCUGGACAAGUCGUCGCUGGGUAAGAUCUCGCGUACCAAAGUGCGCACCGCGUUUGAAAAGGGCGAAUAUGCCUCGAUGGAGGCGGAAGACACGGAGGCCGUGCAGAGGUAUCGGGAAUCCACGCAGCGGCCGGCGAAGACGGAGACAGAGAAGAGAGUGCAGAGCACACUGGCAGGGCUGCUCCAGAUCCCACUAGAGGAUAUCAACGUCGACAUGUCAAUCUUCGAUCUGGGCAUCACCUCAUUCAAUCUGAUUCUCCUCAAGGCCAUGAUCCAGGAAGCCGUUGAUGCCCCGGUGGAGAUUCCCAUGUCUGUGCUAAUGACCGAUCCAACUACCACCGCCAUUUCGGCUGCCAUUGACAAGCUCCUGUCCCAGCCACCCGUGUAUAACCCAAUCGUUCCCCUCCAACCCCACGGCACCAAGAUUCCUCUCUUCCUCAUCCACCCUGGCAGUGGGGACAUUCUUGUCUUCAUCGCCCUUGCGGCCCAAUUCCCAACCCGGCCCGUCUACGCGCUCCGCACCCGCGGCUACAACACCAACGAGCGUUUCUUCCACUCCAUCCAGGAAACCGCCGAGACUUACGUGCACUACAUCCGCGAAACCCAACCGGAGGGCCCGUACGCUAUAGCGGGCUACUCCCUCGGCUCGACGCUGGCCUUUGAAGUCGGCAAGGUCCUCGAAGCCCAAGGCCAGGAAGUGCGAUUCCUCGCCAGCAUCGACUACCCGCCGCACAUCCGGCAGUACGUGCGCGGCCAGAACUGGAUCGACGUGCUCCUCCACAUCGCCUUCUUCCUGGAAUUGAUCGAUCAAAAGAUCAUGGCCGAGGCAGGGAAGUACCUCCACGGACAGGAGAUCUCGCGCCAGGACGCCCUCGUGCACGUGUUGUCAAUUAGUGACCAGGAACGGGUGCGUGCCUUGGCCCUCAACCCAGAGCGACUGGAGCGAAUCACCGACAUUGGAGAGAACUUCCGGGUGCACGGGGAGUCGUACGAACCGGAGGGAACAGUGGAGCGACUGGACGUGUUCGUGGCGGAUCCGCCAAGCUACGCGGCGCUGAACCGACAGGACUGGGAGGAGAACAAGCUGGGAGCCUGGCGGAACUUUUCGCGGACGGAGGUGGGCUUUUACAAUUGUCCGGGAAUCCACGCGACGAUGUUGAACCCGGUGUAUGUGCCGGAGUUUGUGAGAAGUUUCAAGCUCGCGAUGAAGCGAAGGGGUGUGUAGACACUCACUGACUACUAGCUAGCUAGAUAUAGUCUGAGUUGUGUAGAAGAG